AUGACUGAUAUGGUCCUGUGUGCUAAGGCUGACUGCUGCAACUUGAAGCAUGCUAUGCAGCCAUGGAAGGCCAACAGGAACUGUAUACAACGCUACUGCAAGCAGUGUUGUGAGGUAGUGGGAGGGUGUAGGGUCCACUGGGUUGCAUCUGUACUUUCUCCAGUUGCUGCUCAACAGCACAAAAACUUGAUUGUACCACCACCCGCCACUAUUAAUCCCACAUCUACUCAGCUUGACCAUCCUCUAGUUACUACACCUGAGGGUCCUUUGCCUACAUCCCAUUCAUCAUCACGGACAUUGAUGGCUGAACAACACUUUCAAGCUGACCAAAGUAUGAGUAUCAUGAUCCGCAAUAUGAUCGACGUAGUCCUCUGGUUGAAGAACAACAACCAUCCCCACCUAGUAAGGCUUUUGUGCACUGCACCUGGAAAGUUCGUGCCAGGAGACCAUCAGCUAUUGACGAGAUUCGACCUCGGAGACUAUAUUGCAGUAUAUUGCAGUGAUCAGCAUGCCUGGAUCGAGCAGGAUAUCAAGACUCCGCUUCUCAGUCCCCCCAAUUCGACUAUCCUCCUGUGUUCUAUCGACCUUACUGACAAUAAUAUGCUACUAGGAUUCACUGAGAGGGUCUUAUCUCUUAGUCGCACACCUGCGACUGUCCAAUCUCCAUCAAAACAAUCCUUUAGCACCGUGGGUAUGCAUCUCUCCCAAUUGGAUGGGAUCACCUCACCAUUGAAGCAGCAGAGGAAUGCCAGUAGUAACAACCCUGUGAGCCCAGCUCUCAUCUCUCUCCAGUUGCCCAUUCCUUUACCAGUGAUACCUCUGUCACUCACUGCUGGUGGCUCGGACAUGUCGCCUGUAUUAGUGCUCAUGGUCCAACCCAACACCUCUGCUACUGUCCCUGCAGGUGCCCGAGCACGAUUUCCUUGGAAACGAUCAGACAAUCCAGACCCUCUUCACUACUACCUUUCCAAAUUGCGUCUAUACUAA